AUGGAUUCCCAGGGCUCCCAAGGCUCCUCAUCCCAGGGCCAGUCAGGCGCUCCCAGACCCAAUGGUCGUCCAAUCCAUAUCGCACAUCGACGUAGUCCUUCUGAGCUCACCCCGUUAAUGAUGGAACAACUUGCUCUACAACAGCAGAUUGAAGCCCUACAGCAGCAACAGCAGCAGAUUGCAGCGCACCAGCAACAGCAUCUUAUGAACAUGGGUCUUCUAUCCCAGCAACAAAUGCAACAGGUAGCUUAUCCACAGAUGCAGGGUCAGAUGCCUGUAGGAUUUCAGUUCCCCCAGAUGCAAGGCCAGCAACAACUUGGAGUCCCCAACCAGUCCUCUCAUCGCCGUAAUCAGUCGGCCCUUCCAAACGUUGGCAUGGGCCCGCCACCUGCCCCGUCUAGCGGAGCGUCAGGUGUACAGUACGGUGAAAACGGACAGAGCAGCGGAAGCCAGGGCCGUGAGAACAGUAACAAUAAUAAUAAUAACAACAACCAGUCACGUAAGGGCGGUGGAUCUGUCGCAGGCGGUCACCACCGUCGUCAUUCACUCGCUUUGCCUGAAGCCAAGAAGGCUGCAGAAAUGGCUCAGCAGAGAAAAACUGCAAAUGCCUUUAGGUUCCCUAUCCCAGGAGGCGCCGGUGCUUCCUCCUCCGGCCAGGGUGAAUCUGCGGAUGAAAAACAAGGAGAUGGCCCCGUUGCCGGUCCAUCACAGCAACCAGCGCAGGGUCUUAGCGUCCAGCGAUCCGGAAACAUCCGCGGUGGCGCUCACCUGCGCAGUCAAUCCAUGGCUGUCGGUAAUGGCCGUCAGUACACCGGUAGAAACACCCCAUCAUUCCAGUUUCCCCAAGGCGGCGAGUCUUCUGGCUCCGCCGGGGCUGAUGGUUCAAGGAGACCGAGCCAUGCCGGCCACGGACGCAGCGGCUCCAGAAACUUUGAUAGCAACUGGCGCCAGCAAGGGGGCCCGCAGAAUAACCAGGAUCAUAGAGGCAGCAUUGGCAAUCUUCCUCAGCAGCAACAGAGUGGCAGCGGUUUCCAGCCAAGCCACCGCGCCAGGGGACCUGUUAGCUCAAUGUCAGCCUUCCAAUUCCCAAACCCACAGCAAAUUUUCCAACUGCCUCAAGGCCAAAUGGUCUUGCCGCAGAUGUUCCAAGGCCAACAUCAGCAGUAUAAUGCCUUGCAGUUGGCACAACUCCAGGCACUGCAACAAAGCGGACAGCUUAAUGCCUUGCCACAAAAUCUGCAGUUGACCGGCCAGCAGCAGCAGCAGCAGCCACAACAGCAGCAACAGCAACAAGCGCAGCCACAGCAACAGAGAAAGACCCUGUUUACCCCUUAUCUUGCUCAAGGCAUGCUCCCUGAUCUCUUUAACGCUGGCAAGCUUGUGACUGGUAUCCUCCGUGUCAACAAGAAGAACCGUUCAGAUGCAUAUGUUACCUGUGCCGACCUGGAUGCUGAUAUCUUCAUCUGCGGCAGCAAGGACAGAAAUCGAGCCCUUGAAGGUGAUAUUGUUGCUGUUGAGCUUCUUGAUGUUGACGAAGUCUGGAGCCAGAAGCGCGAAAAAGAGGAGAAGAAGAAGCGCAAAGAUAUUACUGAUACCAGGAGUGGAAGCUCGGCCGGCCUUGACCGAGGUAGCCGCUCCGAUUCCAAUGCUAAUGCUGACAGCCAGCAUGUAGCUCCGGACGGUAGCAUCCGCCGCAGAGGUAGUCUGCGCCAGCGCCCGACCCAGAAAAAGAACGACGACGUGGAAGUCGAAGGGCAGAGCUUGCUACUUGUUGAAGAGGAUGAGAUCAGUGAUGAACAUAAGCCUUUGUACGCCGGGCACAUUAUUGCUGUCGUAGAGCGGAUUACCGGACAGACCUUCUCUGGCUCCUUGGGCCUUCUUCGACCCAGCAGCCAGGCCACCAAGGAAAAACAGGAGGCCGAAAGACAAGCCAGAGACGGAUAUUCUGGACGCCCUCACCAAGAGCGCCAGCAAGAGAAGCCAAAGAUUGUUUGGUUCAAGCCUACGGACAAGCGUGUUCCAUUGAUCGCGAUUCCAACAGAGCAGGCACCCCGCGACUUUGUUGACAGGCACGCAGAUUAUGCAAACAGUAUCUUUGUCGCCUCUAUAAAGAGAUGGCCCAUCACCUCUCUCCAUCCAUUUGGAACUCUUUGCGAGCAACUUGGCCCAAUGGGUGAUCUCAGGGUCGAGACCGACGCCUUACUUCGGGAUAACAACUUCGGCUCUGACGAGUUCCCAGCUUCCGUCCUCGACAAGCUUGGCUUCGAAGGUUGGUCCGUGGAAAAGGAGAUCCCCGAGUCUAUUGCUGCUCGAUGUGAUUUCCGAGACCAUAAAGUUUUUACCAUCGAUCCCAACGGGGCGAAGGAGAUGGAUAACGCCUUCCACAUUAAACCCAUAGACGAUGAAAAGGUUGAAAUCGGCAUUCAUGUUGCUGAUGCUGGGCAUUUUAUCGAUUACAACGGCGUCGUUGAUAGGGAGGCCAAGAAACGCGGAGCCAGUGUCUACCUGAUGAAUCGCCUUGUGAGCAUGCUCCCAUCGCGAGUGUCAAAUGAACUCAUGGCUCUGCUUCCUGGAGAGGACCGCCUCACUAUGAGCGUUGUGAUUCAAGUUGAUAUCGAGUCUGGCGCUGUUGUAAAAGAGCCAUGGAUUGGCAAGGGUCUGAUCAGGAGUGCAGGGAAACUUAGCUAUCCUGAGCUUGAUGGAAUCAUCAAGGGGGCUGAUAAGAUUGAAAUGGAAGGUGUUACCGAGCAGGAUAUUAAACUGUUGGCUGACAUCUCGGGUAAAUUCCGCAAGGCUCGCCUUGGUCACCACACAGAAAUAGAGAAAUUGCGACCCCUCCGUCUCUUGUAUCAACUUGAUGACGAGAAUAUUCCCGUCGAGCAGAACAUCUUCAACUCCUCAAUUGCUCAUGAGGUUAUUGACGAGCUCACUUAUAAGGCCAAUCAUUAUGUUGCUAGAAAGAUUUUCGCUGCUUUCCCUGAUAAAGCGAUCCUCCGCCAUCAGGGUUCACCAAAUUUCAGGCGUCUCCGAACAUUCGUUCAGCGUAUGAACAAACUUGGGUAUGAAAUUGACCCUACCAGCAGUGGCACGCUGCAGAAUAGUCUUUUCAAUCUGGAAGAUGAUGAUGUGCGAAAGAGUAUGGAAACUCUUCUUCUCAAGGCGAUGAGCCGUGGAAAGUAUUAUCUUUCUUAUGGUGUCAGGGCUGACCACCGCGCACACUACAUUCUCAACUUGCCUAUCUACACUCACUUCACCAACCCAUCUCGUCGCUAUGUCGACAUUGUUGUCCACAGACAGCUAGAGGCAGCAUUGACUGGUGCAGAAUGGACAGAGGAAAUGGAGUAUAAGCAGAUUGAUAUCCUUAACAGCAAGAAAGACUCUGCCCAAAAUGCUCAGGAGCAAAGCGUGCAUAUCGAAGCGUGCCGUGCCAUGGAUAAGAAGAGGCAGGAAAUCGGCGGUGACUUGAUUGCCGAAGGAAUUGUCCUUUGUGUUUACGAGUCCGCCUUUGAUGUCUUGAUCCCUGAAUAUGGUUUUGAGAAGCGUGUUCACUGCGAUCAACUUCCGCUCAAGAAAGCAGAGUUCCGCAAGGAUGAGCGUGUUCUAGAACUCUACUGGGAGAAGGGUGUGCCAUCCUCCGCGUAUAUUCCUGAAGAUGAGCGUCCCAAACCAGCUCUCAGUGGACGUGCCGCUAGUCAGGCGGCAGCUGCUCGCGAAGCUGAGGAAGCUAGAAAGAGGGCGCGUGAGAGAGAAGAAGCCCAGCGAAUCAGUACCGAAACUAACACUGUGUCGCCAAACGACGUUGACGCCCUGUUUGAUGAUGAUGAAGACACUCUUACGGACUCCUUCGCUGGGGUCUCUCUUAACUCCCCAGACCGCUCCACUCAGAGCAUGCCGCCGUCCCCAAGGAACGGGCCUGCCCACCCACCUCACCGGACCCAAUCCGAUCCCAGAAUCGCAACCACAGCGGGCGAGACUACAAAUGGCGGCUUAAACUACAAGGAGAAAUACGGUCACUUCUUCGAAUUGCGUGAAGAGGAUGGCGAGUACAUCCAAGAUGUGAGGGAAUUGACCCGUGUUCCAAUCAUUCUCAAGAUUGAUCUUACCAAGAGCCCACCAUGCUUGACCAUACGAUCCAUGAACCCCUACGCUUUGUAG